UUCCUGUUGUUGUUGGUGUUGGUUCAGUGGAUUGGAUUUGUUGUAGAAUAUUGAAAGAAUAUUGUCUAAUUCAUAGAAUAAUUGAAACGGAAUAACAACUGGUGGGGGAGAAAAAACAAAGCAAACAAAGAGAACGUUAACGAUGAAGGUGACGCGUUGACUUGGAAAGAUGGGAAACAGAAAUUGAUGGAGAAAUACAAAUCUUCAGUUGACAUUGACAUCAAGGAGUAGUUGACAUCAGAGAGAUGCAUCGUCCAUAUUUAUCAUCAUCUAAAGAUUGAAAGGAAAAUGUUGUACCAAAAAAACAAUAUAAACGUGUUUAAUUAAUUCUGUCGUGAAUUAAACUGAAACACUUCUGAAGAAGAUAAAACGUUUUCCUUCUUCUUCGUUAGAUCCUCAUUAAAAUUGAACAAACUUACAAAAGUGUCUUACUAUAUCAAUAAAAGUCACAGUUGCUGGAAAUAAAGUAAUGAAACUAUUGCAAGGAAUAAACCGUAGAACUGUGAACAAGUGUAAUAUCUGAAUAUUGCGAGAAAAGGAACAGAACUUGCAUAAGGAACUUACAUAAGGAUUGAAGAGAUAAGAAAAUCAUGACAUCACUGAGAUAUCUGUAAAUUGUCAUCCUCUCUAGAAAAUUGAACUCGGAAAAAACCAUGUAACUGUAUUAUCUGUGGUUAAUCAUUCUCUUUUAAUCAUUAUUUAAAUAGGCACAAGCUUAUUCAUACAGGAAGAAAAUCAUAUUACUGAAUAUAUCUGUGGUAAAUCCUUCUUUCUAAAUCAUUGUUUAAAUAGCCACAAGCUCAUUCAUACAGGGACAAAAAUCACAUUGCUGAAGACAUCUGUGGUAAAUCAUUCGCUCAUGGAGAUAACUACUCAUGAACGUGUUAACGUAGAUGAGAAGCUACAUCACUGUGAUAUUUGUGGUAAGUCUUUCUCCCGAAAUGGUGAAGUAAUUAACCACAGACGCAUUCAUACAGGAGAGAAACCAUAUCACUGUGACAUCUGUGGUAAAUCAUUCUCUCAUAACGGAAAUUUAACAACACACAAGCGUAUUCAUACGAGAGAGAAACCAUACCACUGCGAUAUUUGUGGUAAAUCGUUUUCUCAUGGAAACAACUUGACCAUUCACAAACGUAUACAUAUAGACGAGAAACCAUAUCAUUGUGAUAUCUGUAGUAAAUCAUUCUCUGGAAGUAGUGACUUAACGAGGCAUAUACGUAUUCAUACAGGGGAAAAGCCAUAUUGCUGUGAUGUCUGUGGAAAAUCAUUCUCUCAAAACGUAAAUUUAACUGCACACAAGCGCAUUCAUACUGGAGAUAAACCAUAUCAGUGUGAUAUCUGUGGUAAAUCAUUCUGUGAUAAUGGAGUCUUAACUAAACACAAACGUAUUCAUUCGGGAGAGAAACCAUUUGACUGUGAUAUCUGUGGUAAAUCAUUCUCUGAAAUUGGUUAUAUGACUAAACACAAACGUAUUCAUACAGGUGAGAAGCCAUAUCAGUGUGAUAUCUGUACUAAAUCAUUCUCUCAAAAGAGUGACUUAACUAUCCACAUUCGUAUUCAUACAGGAGAGAAGCCAUUCCAGUGUGACAUCUGUGGUAAAUCAUUCUCUCGAAAUGGUGAAGUAACUGUACACAAGCGUAUACACACAGGAGAUAAGCCAUAUCAAUGUGAUAUCUGUGAUAAAUCAUUCUCUCAAAACAGUGAUUUAACUAUACACAAACGUACUCAUUCUGGAGAGAAGCCAUAUCAUUGUGACAUCUGUGAUAAAUCUUUCUCCCAAAAAAGUAACUUGACUAAACACGUAGCCAUUCAUUCAGAUGUGUAAGUUGUAUCACUCUCAAAGUUCAUUGUUUUAAAGCAGGGGUCGACCUUGUGGUCUGUAAUCAUACUCCUUACAGUUACCUAUACAGGGCAGUGUUCACUGACAGUUGCCCUUCCUAGUGCUGACCCUUUUGUGGAGACACAUGGCCUAGUGGUUAGAGCAGUGGACUCGCAGUCGAGGGAUCACAGAUUUGAAUCUUAGACUGGGCAAUGUGUGUGUUUAUGAGUGAAACACCCAGGCUCCACGCAACUCCGGCAAAAGGUAAUGGUGAACUUCUGCUGACUUUUUUGCCACAACUUUCUCUCACUCUUUCCUCCUACAUCUAGCAGGUCACCUGCGAUGGUCCAGCGUCCAUCUAAGUGAGGAACCUAGAUGGGAACAGUUGAAGAAUAAAUGACAUUAGAAGUCAGUAAAUGGCAACUAACUUGCACGUUAUCUGCUGCUACAACUAAACCAAGAACAAAAACUCUCUCAAUAUUUUGUCGUUGAUAGCAACAACAAUAUUUGUUUCUUGUGUAUGAAAAGAAUAAAAUUUUGUUUAUCUACAAUCUCAUCAAACUCCAGUGUUCUUUUUUGAACAAAGUGUAUUGCAAAUAAUAGAAACAAGACAUAAAAGAAAAUAUUUUACAACAAAAUUUAAGGACAUAUAUUCUUUUAUCUUUUACUUCUUUCAGUCAUUAGGUUGUGGCCAUGCUGGAGCACCACCUUGAAGAAUUUAUAGUUGAAUGAACCCAUGCCAGUACCUAUCAGUGUCUUUUGUUGAACCACUAAGUUACAGGGUUGUAAACACACUAACAACAGUUGUCAAGUGCUGAUGGGGGGACAAACAUACACACAUAGACAAUGGACUUCUUUUCAGUUUCCAUCAAUUCAAGGCUGUAGUAGAAGACACUUGCCCAGGGUGUCACGUAGUGAGACUGAACCCUACCAUUUGGUUGGGAAGGUGGAUGUCCUUCCAAACACCAACCACUUUACAGUGUGGACUGGAUGCUUUUUAUGUGACACCAGCACCAGUGAAAUCUAUUUUGGCACGAUUUUUACAGCUGGAUGCCCUUCCGAAUGCCAACCAAUUUACAGUGUGGAUUAGAUGCUUUUUAUAAGUAUGAAAUGAGUGAAGAACGACCUCAGGAUGCUGAACCUUUCUGGUGGGAUGACAAAGGACCAAGAUGCCUGGUACCUUGCUGUGCCCCAGAAGACCCAUACUCUGCAGUAGAAGUGCUAAGACCAGUUCCUCGGCUGAUGAGGAUUGACCUGCAAGAGUCCUGGUCUGAUGCCAUGUAAAAAGCACUCAUGGCAGUGUCACGAAAAAGUACCCAGGUGGUACUGUGUAUAAGCACCCAUGUGCUACUGUGCAUAAGCACCCAUGUGCUACUGUGCAUAAGCACUUGUGCAGUGUCACAUAUAAGCACCUGUGCAGGGCCAUGUAAAAGGGCAAAGAACCAAUGCUGGUUGCAUUUAAAGGGCACCUGUGCCAGUGACAUACAGAAGACCCUGGAGAUUGAUUGCAGAUGUAGUCUGGCUGCUGGAGUCCUGUACUCUCAAUGGAAGCCCAUUUGGUGCCACUGCUUUAUCUCCCAGAUGAAGUUUUGCAUCUAAAAUAUAUUGGCCCUCUCCAUUCUUUUCUAUGGAGCAGAAACGUGGCCCCUUUCAAACACCCUGGCAAAGAUGAUUGACAGCUUCAUGCUCUUGCUUUAUGGGGCUGGGGUCAUCCCAAGUUAGUGGUUCCAGAGGCAUCAUCAUGCAUAGACAUAUCACUGAUACAGGUACCUUCUAUGUGUCACUGGCACAGGUACCUUCUAUGUGUCACUGGCACAGGUGCCUUCUAUGUGUCACUGGCACAGGUACCUUCUAUGUGUCACUGGCACAGGUACCUUCUACAUGUCACCGGCACAGGUGCCUUCUAUGUGUCACCGGCACUGGUCAUGACUAUGAUUUGACUUAGCUCUCCGUCACUGCUGGUCCUGUGCCAGCCCCUCUGAAUCCUACAAGGAAACAUUGAGCUUCAGGAGAUCUUCCCCAAUCACAUUCAGCCAUCAGAUGUGGGGCCUGACACAAGGCCUCUUCCAACCUGCAUCUUCUGCAUUGAAUGAGAGUAAAGUCCUGGUAGGAAACUUGACCCCAAAGAUCAACCACAGAUGUGGUCUGGCGAUUGGGGUCAUGUACUUCCUAUGGCAUCACUGCUCUGUCUCCCAGAUGAAGCUCCACAUCUACAAUGCAUUGGCCCUCUCCAUCCUCCUCUAUGGAGCAGAAAUGUGGCCCUGCUGGAAGACCCUGGCAAAGAGGAUUGACGGCUUUGGUAGCAGAGUCCUGAGAACCAUUAAGAACAUCAGAUGGUACCAUCAUGUUCGCAACAAAGAACUGUGUGUGUACACACAUCAGCCUGCAGCCUACCACAUAAUAGUUAUCCGUUGCAUGCGCUGGUAAGAACACGUCCUUCAUCUCCUGCUAAGUCCUCCUGCCAGGGCUUUACUCCCAUUCAUCACAGCAGCUGUGGACUGGGAGAAGCCUUGUAGCAGGUCCCACAUCAAAUUCUUUUACAGGGCUUAGAAAAACUGAAGGACCACUGCAAUAAGUGUGUGGAUCUGUGAGGGCAACAUGAUUAUCUGUUUCUCCUGUAUUUUCUUUUACCAAAAGCCAGUAACUAUCAUGCACCCCCUCAUACAAAGAAUAUUUUCAACAAAUCAUCUCAAUAUUUUUCUCCUGGACAUAUUUGCUUAUGAUUAACAUGGUUUUUUAAUGUUUAAUUUUCCACAAAUUUCAUGUAUGUGGUCUGAUCAAUAAGUAUCCAGACUGUUGUCAUAGUAACAAAGCUAAAACAUGUCGAGUGAAGCUGCUAGGCACAGAUUGACCUUGAACUCUGAUGUGCAUGCACAAUAAGCUCUAUCUCACUUCCGCUCUUUACAGCAGUGCUUGGAAGGAACAUGUGUAGUGUGUGAUUGUCACAUUGACCAUGACAGAGGAAGCUGAGCAGAGAUUCUGCAUCAAAUUUUGCCAAGAGGUUGGCGAUACCUGCUCAGAGGCCUAUGCAUAGUUUUGUAAAAGUUUUCAUUGUCCUCGACACAAGGAGAUCUUGGGCAACUGAAACCUGAGUGUCCUUUUGGUCAGCUGAAAGCAGUUUUGGCAUAAACUUAUCAGACACACGUCUCGUACCCAAAUCUUCAUAGCUAAUCUGCACGUCCUCUGAUAACUCACGGAUGGUGAUCUGAUGAUUUCUUUUCACAGCUGCAUGCACAUUUGUGAAGUUUUUCUCAGUUCUGCUGGUUGAAGGUCAAACAGCUUCAUUCUGCAUGCUUUAGCUUCGUUACUAUGGCAACAGUCCAGAUAUUUAUUGAUUAGACCUCGUAUAUGUACUCAAGAUCUGUCCUCCAUAGUAGAAUUGUUAAGGCUGCAUCUCCUGGUGACAGCAGCGGCUUGUGUAUGGGCACUGCGGACCUGCAGCACCCCCUAUUUCCACUCAGUAUUAUCGAUAACAUUCAAUGUAAUGAGUCCUUUUUUCUUUAAUUCCUUCUUUAUACCCUCAAGCUUAAUGUCAGUAGCCGUCCCCUUGUUUAUGAUAAAAAUAGAAAAAUCAUUGUAUAGAACUAUGUGCUUCAUAGUUCCAGCAAUGUGGUGUUUGGCUGCUGAGCACAUGCUCACAUGUCCAAAAUAGGAAGCUGCCCACUAGGGACAGAGAGCACUGUGGUUCACACAGUGCCGACCCUGGUGUGCUGGUAAAAGCAGUGUUUCAUUUUGACUCCACAUAUGUGUUGUACUUAAAAACGUGUUUAUAUUCUUGAAUGUAAUAACAUGUAGAAUUAGAUUGUUAUCCUGCUUCCUGCUAGUGUUGUGUCUAGGGUUUGGAAAAUAGGGCAGAUUUCCCCUCACACCCAUAUUUUGUAAUUUAGGGGUAUUUUUGAAAAAACAAGGGGGGAAUUUGCAGAAGUGUUCAGUGAACAAAUUAAACACACUACCCACCAGUGGCUAAAACAUGAACUGAUCAAGUUUAUGUAUCCAUUUUCUUUUUAUAUGUUGUUUCCUUUUACACAAUAUUAAAACAACAGCUAAAAAUUUUCUGAAGCAGCACCACUCCUAAUUUUAUCAACGAGCCGCCAUUGCCUGGUGAAAAGGAUUAGCCUACAGCAGUCCUGUGCUGGUGCCAUGUAAAUGUGCUCAUACCAGUGCCACAUUAAAAGCACCCAAUACACAUUGUGAAGUGGUUGGCAUUAGAAAGGACAUCCAGCCAUAGAAACCAAGCCAAAUCAGACUGGAACCUGGUGCAGCUCUCCAACUUCAGUCAACCAAUCCGACCCAUGCCAGCAUGGAAAAAGAGAUGUUAAAGGACGAUGAUGAAGAUGAUGAUGUAUAAAGAAGAAUACUGAAUCCAUUGCAAUUUUUGAUAGACAAAAUUUUAUUCUUUUCAUACACAAAAAUAUGAGCAAUGUUGGUGCUAUGAAUGACAAAAUGCCAAGAGAGUUUAAAUGUUAUUGUUAUAACAGUGAGUAAGUUAAAUGAUUGUCGUUGUGUUGCUGUUGUUGAUCGUUCAUUG